GAGAUUCUAUUAUUGUUUACAAAGCUUUUUCUUUUCUUUUCUCUCCGACUCUCCCUUAAUUUUGAUCAUAUAUCCUCCAUAUUGACAAGAGUCAAGAAGAGAAAGAGGAAAUAGAGAUGGAUCAAAUAAUGGGCAAGGUUGGAAGCUUAUGGUUUAGCAACAAAGCAAGCAAAGAGCUUGGCUCCGUUGGUAAUGAAAUUACUUCAAUGCAAAACAGCAUAGAAGGAGGAGCUAAAUGGUUGGUUAAUAAAGUUAAAGGUAAAAUGCAAAAGCCAUUGGUAGAAUUGUUAAAAGAAUACGACAUGGCAAUUGGUAUUUUUCCAAAAGAUGCAACCAACUAUGAAUUCGACGAAGAUACACAUAAGUUAACAGUGCACAUACCAUCUGUUUGUGAAGUCGGAUAUAAAGACUCAUCGGUCCUGCGGUUCAACACUACGGUGACUGGACAUCUAGAGAAGGGAAGCUUAAGCAAUGUGGAAGGAAUCAAAACAAAGGUGAUGAUUUGGGUGAAAGUUUCAAACAUAUGCACGGAAGGUGCGUCGAAGAUUCAUUUCACGGCUGGAUUGAAGAGAACGAGAAGCAGAGAGGCUUAUGAGGUGAUCAGAGAUGGAGUGGGUACCGAUAAGUUUUAACAUUGCCGGAGGGGGGACUGCUUUCCAUAGUUUUUUUCUGGCAAUUUCACCUCUUGUUUUUUGUGAUUGUUGAUCCAAAAGUUUGCUGUAGAAAAACUCGUGUGUAUUUGAAUCUAACAAUGGUUAUUUUCUUA